GUCUUUCCCCCUCCGGCUCAGCCCCUUUGUCGGGACCCCUCCAUCAGACGCAUCAGACUGAUGAUCAUCUAUCCAUCGUGCCGGCGUCUGCUGAUAGACGGUCUCGGGAAGGUCAACAGUCCCUAAAACUUCCUCCUAACAACCCAGAACCAUCCCCGACUUGGCAAACUAUACUAUGGAACAACAAACACCUCAAGAGUUCAUCCUCGAGGCUUUUGCCGACCCGGCUUCCGUUCGCGAUGUGGUGAGAGGAAUUUUACACACCAUCUUCUUCCAUCGCUUCUUCCCGUCGCUGUUGCCGCGUUCGCGCGAGGUCCUCGAUAUUACGCUGCCGUACGUCGAAGAUGCCGAGCUGGAUACUAUGAUCGAGAAGCGUGCCGCUGAGCUCGCGCGCGAACUCGAUGCCGAACGAACACAUUCGCACACGCAUUCUCACCGCAGCGCUGGCGGCCGCGGUAACAUCUCGGUCCAGUUCUUCGAGAAGAAGCGCCGCAAGACCUGGUAUCUUCCCUACGGCGGCGGCGACGAGGAAGUUUGUUGGGAAUCCUGGACGGUGAAAGUCACCGUAGCGGAACCGCGUACAGAGAGCGAACGCGCCAAAGUCCGCAAAGCCAUGGAGCAAACCCUCCUAACAAGCGUUAUGAAGAUCGUAACCAGCGUCAACACCCACAAAGACCACAUCCCACCCAUAACCACCAGCGAGGCCAACCCCUUCCCCUACCAAAUCAACGUGAACCAAAAAGACGCAGGCUGGGCCACCCGAAUUGGCAUAUACUAGGUAUUAAAGCCA